AGCAAACCGAAAGUGUGUUAACGAAAUUACCUUACGAGGAGUUUUGAGAGUUCUUGUUCUGCUGGAGUUUGACAAGAUCAACGCCAUGGUCAUAUAAAAUCUUUAACUCAGAAGCUGUGGGAGCCCCAGUCAGAAUGGAGAGCCUGGAGGAGGACCUGACGUGCUCCGUGUGCUACUCCCUGUUCAGAGACCCGUGUGUGCUGCCCUGCUCACACACCUUCUGCCGGGGCUGCCUGGACAGCGUGCUGCACGCGUCCGGAAACUUCUCCAUCUGGCGUCCGCUGCGCGUGCCCCUGAAGUGCCCCAACUGCCGCAGCGUGGCGGAGCUGCCCUCCGCGGGCGUGGGGGGCCUCCCGGCCAACGUGAGCCUGCGCGCCAUCGUGGAGAAGUACCAGCGCGAGGGCCGGCCGCGCACGCCGCUGUGCCCACAGCACCCCCUGCAGCCGCUGAACGUGUACUGCGUGCGCGACCGGCAGCUGAUCUGCGGGCUGUGCCUGACGGUGGGAGGGCACCAGGGCCACGCCAUCGACGACCUGGAGACCGCGUUCGCGCGCGAGCGGGGGGCGGCGGCCGGGCUGGCGCGGAGGCUGGAGGAGGGGCGCUGGGCGGAGGCGUGCGCGCGCGUGGAGCGCGAGAGGGCCCGCUGCGGGGCCCAGCUGCGGGAGGACCGCGACGCCGCACAGCGCUUCUUCCAGGGCCUGCAGGGGGCGCUGGAGCGCAAGCGCCUGGCCUUCCUGCGCGCGCUGGACGCGGCCGAUGAGGCGCUGGCGAGGGAGGUGGACCCGCUCCUGGCCCAGCUGAAGGAGGCGCGGGAGGAGCAGGAGGACCUGGUCGCCUGCUGCAGGGCUCUGGAGGAGGUGCAGGAGGAGGAGGAGGAGGAGGAGGCGCUGGCCUUCCUGCAGAAGCUGCACACCCUGCGGGAGAGGGUGGAGACCCUGCUGGCCACGCCCCUGCCCCAGGUGAGGGCUCUGAUUGUGCGGCCGCGUGUGGGGGAGGUCCUGGAGGCGCAGUGGGGCGGGGUUACCCUCGCUGGGCUGGAGCAUGGCCCGGUCCCGCCAAUCACCUGCUGCCCCGACACGCACCGCCGCAAGGACACGCCCCCCUGCGUCUGCCCCGCCCCUGAGCUGCCCCGCCCCUCCCCCGCCCUCCUAUUGGCUCUUCUGGCCAUGCUCGUCUCCCUGUGCCUCACACUGAUUGGCUGGUCGUCCCUCGGAGGCUCCGGCCUGUAUCAGGCGUGCGCGGGCGUGGUCAGAGACGCCACGCUGUGCCUCGCUUCUCUGGCUGAAAACCUGCAGCUCCACUCCUGCUGCCUCCUCUCCUCCCUCAGAGACACCACUGCUCAGAGCCUGGCCUCCCUCUACAACUUCUUAUCUGUUUGGUGAU